CGUCCUGUAAUCCCCCGAUGCGCCCGGUCUCCCCAUUGUCUCCUCCAUCUUGCCGUCCCCCCUUUUCUCCAGGAAGGAACUCCCUCUCCCAUCCAGGACUGCGACCACCGUGCUGUGCUUAAAUCCCCCAUAAACACAAUGCCAGUGGCCUCCGUCCUUACAUGGCCAGGACCACGCGUGGAAGCCCUCGCUCCCCGAACUACCACUUCCACUUCCUGAUCGAGAACCAGAUCCCCAUCCUCCUCCUCCUGCUGCUGCUGCCCCAGAGCCGUUGAUGGAUCACCGGAAGCAACAGCAGCGGCGGCGGCGGCAGUGCCCCAGUCCCCGCAGCGGAGGCGGAGGCGCGCCGUCGGCGGGCAAGGACGGGGGCGGCGGCGGCGCCGGGAUCAAGGUGGUGUACAUCUCGAACCCCGUGCGCGUCAAGACCACCGCCGCGGGCUUCCGCGCCCUCGUGCAGGAGCUCACCGGCCUCCACGCCGGCCCCUCCAAGUACAGCACCCAACAGGAGCUUAGCCCCGAGGGGAGCGCCGCCGGCCCAGGCGCCGCCGUCGCGGCGUUCGCCGGCAGCGAGGAGGAGGAGGAUUUCUUCAGGGCGCAGCUGCUGGACAACGACUACUCCGUCUUCUCGCCGCCGACGCUGCUCUACGACUACCCGCCGGACAGCAACAAGGAUGCUGAUCGCGAGAAGUUGAAACGAAGGGGCAUCCAGACUCUCGCGUACUGCAUUGGAAGUAUCCUGUGCUCGUUUUGGAUGGAUGUUGAUGACAAGGCAAAUUACAUAUUGAUCCUGCAAACAUUUUAGUUUAUCGGCAUAUUCUGUAAUUCAGUUGUGCGUUUGUUUUGAGCUGGAGUAUGGCGGUUAUGUAAUGACCAUCAUGAUUAAUUUCCCAUCGGGCCUCUGGAUCGAACCUUGUAGACUUGCGGCUUCGUUCAUGAAAUUGGGAGCCGAGUUCCUCAAUUUGAAAAGAAA